AAGUUCAUGGUGCGUUUUCCCGGGAAAACACAAAGUAAACGAAGUUGAACCCGGGUGUACACGUCACCAUGGCGAAGAUUACAGAGAGAAUCCUGCUGGAGAAAGGAUCCCCUAAAGAAAACAAGCUGGAGAAAAUCAAAAGUGUGAAUCUCUCUCGUAUGGGGUUAAAGACUCCGGAUCUCCCGGUGGCCUUGUUGAAUAAGCUCUCUUCCCUGGAGGAGUUGGAUCUUUCUGGGAACAUGCUGCAGAAGCUCCCAGCAGGACUUUCCCUUCCUCGUCUUCGGCUUUUAAACUUUUCCAACAACGACAUGGAGGAGGUGACCUCGCUGGAGACCCUGUCUGGCCUGGAGGAGUUGCGGCUGGACGACAAUUUAUACCUCACUGUCAGCGAUGAGCACAAAGUGAUGUUCCUCUUGCACAAACUGAAGAUCCUAAACGGGAAGGACGUCAGUGCGACGGCGAACCACAUCCGCUACGUCAACAGCGAGAUUCUUAGGAAGCGGGUAAUUGGUGUAUGGGAGAAGAGCUUCACUCUCCCUGAUCCACCAACUUCACAAAACUUGAAUGAGCUUGAGAAGAAAUUUGUUAAUGCGGCAUGCUUUCAAGUCAAAUAUGGCCCCAGCUCUUUAAAUGACUACACUAAAUGGAGGGUUGAAAUGAUUGCGAAAGAAUAUCUCAAAUCACUGACUGAUCCAGACCAGGAGGAGACUGGAGACAUUACAUCAGAGACUCCUGUCGAAGACUGUGGGACUCCUUCCAAGAGAAAAAUAAAAGAUUCCAAUGCAAACAGCGAAGAUGAAACCCCCCGAAAGAGAAAGACUGUGAACCAAGCAGCCACGCCAGAACCCAGCCCACGCAAAUCAAGUCGGUUAUCCUGCGCCACUUCGGUCGAGCCGAGUCCCAAAAAAUCCUCCCGGCUCCGGGGGACUCCUCAGAAAUCUGAUACGAGUGCAUCAAGCUCAAGGUGUGUGAAAAUGAACACGCCUGAGGCCAGUCCGAGGAAAUCGAGUCGUCUGCAAAACACCCCGAAGAAAGCGACGACAGCACAGGUCGCCGUGACGCCCACUGCGAAGGGAGCGAAAAAAAAUCUAAAAAACCAGCUUAUGACUCCACGAGCAUCCAGUUCCACCAAGAAAGAAAAUGGAACAGCAACUAAAUACCAGGUGCCAAAGGAGCCGGCCAGUCUGCAGCCUCUUCACGUCCUGCAGUGCCACAGUAAAAACGACAGUGAGGAGGAUUUCAGCACCCAGCUGUGGGCAUGCGCCUUCGAGCCCAGCCAUGACAAAAGCAAUACAGGUGCUUGGGCACAAUCAGUGGCCACAUGUGGAGGGGAGACAGUGUGUGUGAUAGACUGUGAGUCUGGCCAUGUGCUAAAGAAAUACAAAGUCCCUAGUGAGGAGUUCUUUACACUGGCCUGGACCACGGUGUCGAUGGUGCGUGAGGGUGGAAGUGCUCGAUCCUGCAGCAUCCUCGCCGCUGGGGGGAAGAGGGGCAUGGUGAAGCUCAUCCACCCCAGAGCCAACCUGGCAUACGGCGAGUUCCGUGCCAGCCGGCGAGCCAUAUCCGUGCUCCGCUUCAGUCCAAGCCAGACCAGCUUCCUGUUCUCGGGCGCAUACGAUAACAAGAUCAUCAUGUGGGACAUCGGCGGGCUGGACCGAGACUACAACUUCAAAACCAGUCAGCUGCUAGUUAUGGAGACCUGCUCCACUCCACUGCACCUCUGCCUACCACCACGUUUCCCAGAAACGCACCUUAUCUCAGGCUGCGACGACGGCCUUUACAGCUUCGACAUCCAGCUCAGCAAGAACACGCAAAAGAGGGCGGAGGAGAUGGAGAUUGUGUUUCCAGUAUACAAGAAGAGUAAUAAGGACAGUAACUACCGCACUAUUGAUGGACUCAGCUUCCUUACAGAAGAUGUAGUAGCAUCUAAAAGCCACAUGCAGGGCUCUAUCUACCUGUGGAGCUGGGGUGGAACCAUGGCGUUGCACCAAGGGAGGAAAAAGGAGGUGCCUGCUGUCAUCCUGGCUGAACUGCAGUGGACCAACACUGACAUCCCGUACCUCUCUCUGAACACCUGCCCUGGCUUCGGCUAUGUCGUGUGCGGAGAUGAGAAAGGCCGGCUGUGGACGUAUCACAUCACAGAUCUUGCGAAGGCCAACUUCAAGAGUGGAAAAGCAAUUCCUGCGACAGAGGUUCUAGAGUGGCCGUCUCCGGUGAGAAGAGGAACAGGCCCGGUCGAGGGGCCGUCCAUAAACAGCGUUGCCAUGGACCCCGAGCUUCGUUAUUUGGUCGCCCUUAGUGACAAGAACAUGGUGGUGAUUUGGAAACGAGCACCCGUGCCAUGAAGUGAUGUGAAUUUAUGUUUCUUCCGUUUAUUAAGGAAGUGUUUCAGACUUCGAGAGCCACAGAAGCAUGUGAGCGAGAAACACUGCAGGACUUACACACACAACGUGGAUUAAGUUCAGUCUUUCGCCCAAAUAUUAAGAAUUGAUGAGACGUCUGCAGCAACAGACUGCAGUGCUAAUAUGGCACCAGCUCAACAGAGACAAUAGUGGUUUAUUCUAGGAGAAUUUAAUUAGUUUAAUCGUUUUUUACUUUUAUUUUUAAUUGUGAUUUUUAUGUUUUUAUUUUAAAUACUGUGUUUUUUGUACCACUGUACAGAUUUAGAUAUGUAAUGAUGGUAAAUAGUUUUUUACCUCUGUAAACUAAAAGAAAUUUGUUACAUGUGAUGGUGUGUUGAUAUGAGCGACUACACAACACAUAUAGAUAAAACAGUAUACAGUUAUCGCGCACACACUUACAAAUCAAUACAUACUGUUAUUGUGUCAUUUUGCCAGUGGUGAAAACCUGAUAUGCAAUAUGAUCAUCUUUACUCCAUAUUAUAUAAUAGUUUUAGAGUCGCAGUCCUAAGAAUCUUUUGUUUAGAACCCGAAUAAUUUCCUAACGGCCAACACUUUAGAUCAAGCUCCCAACUUAUUAUUAAAUACUACUUGAUAUUUUUGUCAUAUUCAUUUUACUACCCCGAUGCAGACCAUGUGCAGGCCACAUGUAUACUGUAGGCUACCAACAGCGUGCCAAAAGUCAGAUUUGUUGUUGACGUGGUGAAAUUUCUAGACGCACAUGUUGGCAAGUGAACAUUUGAAUAUCUCUGGACUUUCCUAGUCAUCCAGAUCAUGGUUUUCCCAAAUGUGUUGUUUAUUGGCAGCUGGAUGUGGAUGAAGUUCUUGAAGACAUUUUACCUCUCAUUCAAUACAUUUAAUCAGUUCUUAGAACAUUAAUUAUAAGCGAAAAGCCUUUCGGAUAAGCAAUGAACAUCUUCAAGAACUUCAAGCAAGUCCAGUUGACUGAACAACAGUUUUGGAAAAACUUCUGAUUAAAAGAAGACAACGCUUAUUUGAAAUAUGUACAAAAACUUGUGCCAUUGUUGAACCCAACCCUUGAAUCCUCUUUAAAACAAGUUCACAGUUGAUGGUCUCCAUGGUCAGUUCUUCUAUAUCCAAGGUCCUGGAGCCAAUCCCAGGAGACUUGGGGCAUAAACCGGGGUACACCCUGGACAUGGUG